ACCUGUAAUAACUUCCGAGAGAAGGAGAAGAGUAGGAGAGAAAGGUUAUGGAUAUCACCAGAACACUGCCGGAAGAAUGCAUCGCCAACAUAAUUUCCGGCACAUCCCCUCGGGACGCAUGUAGGUUGUCGCUGGUCUCCCGUGCCUUCGAAUCCGCUGCAACUUCGAAUCUCGUGUGGGAGAGGUUUCUGCCACCUGAUUAUCAAGAGAUCAUUUCAUCGUCGUCAUCAUCGUCCUCAUCCUUGAACCUUUUGACCAAGAAGAAUCUUUAUUUCCAUCUUUGCGACAAUCCAAUUCUGAUCGGAAACGGUAACAACAUGAGUUUCCAAAUAGAUAAACUGAGUGGGAAGAAAUGUUUGAUGCUGGCUGCGAGGGAGUUAACUAUAAUAUGGGGAUCUGGAGAAACUCCACAUUACUGGGAAUGGAUUUCCUCAACUCAGGCACCAGUUCUACCCAAGUCUAGAUUCUCGGAAGUAGCUCAUCUUAGAAUUGUUUGGUGGCUUGACAUAAAAGGCAGAAUUGAGACAAAAAUCCUUUCCCCAAAAACAAAAUAUGGGGCAUACUUUAUCUACUCCAUGGUGGAUCGUUUCUAUGGGUUUAAUGUCCCUGUGAAAGUAUCCAUUAGACUGGAAAACGAGGUGGAAGGAGGUGAUGCUACCAAUGCUUAUUUGAAUCCAAGUGAGGAAUUAUUACAAAUUAACCAACAAGAUGGUCGACUUCCAAUCAAGAGAGAGGAUAUGUGGAUGGAGAUUGAGAUUGGAGAAUUCUUCAAUGGCAGCCAAGUUGAUGAUCAUGGCGCGGUCGAGAUGUGCUUGAAGGAGGUUCAAGUCCUUAACGGGAAGUCUGGCCUUGUGGUCCAUGGCAUUGAGCUUCGGCCAAAAGAAGAAAGUUAAUUAUUAAGAGAUUGGUACCUAUUUUCUUUCUGAGCAAAGUACAUUUGCUAUGAGACCUGUUUUUUCUGCAUUAUAUUAUGAGAAACGUUUUGAGGGUUGGUCUUGGACUAUGUAUUGUGAAUACGUCGCAUGCAUUGUUGUGUUAUGUAUUGGGAUUGUUACUGAGGGAAACUACGGUUAUAUGAACGCUUAUAUUCUACAAAGGAGGAAUUACUUCAUCUACUGUAGGAACAAGCAAGGCAUGCGCAGCAAUCUCUGAAAUAUCGUUUGUUUUGCCUGAACAUAGCCUAGGUAAGGGGUGGAAUCCAUGGUACCCUGCUGCAAGUUUACCAUGUCACCUGGCUUGGAUCAAAUUUAAGAAGUUUUCCAUUUUCUCUU